AUGGCGGGCGGCACGGUCGGCGCCGUCGCUGUCGUCGACAACGUCGUCAAGCUCACCGGAUCAGCCGACGUCGUCAUCAUCAUCAUCAUCAUCUUCAUUGACGACGAGCGGCUGGCCAAGAUCUCACCCUCGUUCUCGCGGUCGUCGCAUCUGUCACUUGCUUCGGCGCUGCAGCGGUCGCCGUCGCGGGUCCUUGUCUCGCAGAUGGCCGAAUGGGCCAUCGAGAUCGAGUCGCUUGUUCGGCGCUCGCUCAACAAAAGCCUCGAAUCUCUCACAGGCGAGCUGUCGCCGCUACUGCGCCAGGUCUCUGAGACCGGCUGGUCGCCCGACUCGCUUGCGCCUGGCCCGUUCUUCCACAAAGAAUCGUCGUCGUCGCUGGCCCUCGGCGGCGUGAGCUCGAUCUUUGGUGGAAGUUCGAAUGGCGACCUGCGCGAUGUCUUUCCGCCCAUGCCAAACUCUGAGGACCUGGCCACCUCGACCUCGGCGCUCUUUGUCGCCGCCGUCUUUGUUCGCCUCUACGAUGUGACCAGCGGAAGCGCAGCCAUCGGCUCGUUGCUGGACAAGCUGCCGCUCUCGGCUGUGCUUGCGGUAAUUUCGUCGUCGCCGAACGCGCUUGCCGACAUUGCACCCGAGACCUUUCCGCACCGCCAGGAAGGCCUCUUUGGCGUCCCGUACACCAAGCCGUCAUCGCACAUGUCCAAGUGGUUUGUGGGCCGGCUCGCCCAUGUUCCCUCGCGGUCCGACGCAUACUCACAGUCACUUGGUAUGAUCUUUGUCCUCUUCAAAGGCUGCUUUGCCUCUCACGCCAUCCUCCACUCCCGUUCAGCCUCACCAGCAGUCGACGAGCAAGCCGCCGGCGACCACACUGCCGAGCUUGCGUCCAAGAUCCGCUGGUUGGUGACAACGAUCAAGAACGCCAUCCGCCUUUACCCGCCGUCACCCUUUCUCAUCCGCUCGCUCCUCACUUCGACCGACCGCAUCCUCUCGCUCGCGCCGCUUCUCGGGCACGCUGGCGGCGGCCUCCUUGACUCGAUCACUCUGCUCAAGGAGGUCUUUACCCAGGUCCUCGCCAAGACCGAGUCCAACCUCGAGCGCUGUGCCGGGUUGGGCGUCGGCAGCGGUGGCGCCGGCGACGCCGGCGGAGGCGGGGGCUCCGUUGCCAACACCUCGCUGUUCUCGCCCAAGCGCGGCUCACUUGGCUUUGGCCCCGAGCCCGGCAGCCGGGACCGGAUCGCCUUUCCGCUCUCGCCGCACUCGAACAAGAUCUCGCCGUCGGUUGAUCCGGGCGUCGUCGCGCUGCCACCCAUGCCGGUCAAUGCAGGCCUCGCGCCGGCUGCAGCCUCCACGACACCGGCGCCGGCUCUUGCCGCACCGCCGGCGUCGCGCCAGGCAUUUCCGGCCCCGACCUCACCGCGCGGCCGACCGCGUUCGUCGUCGCUGCAUCCGCACGAGCUCGCCGCUCUUCCCUCCGACAUUCUCGGCACGGCUUCAGGCUUUUCGUCGGCCGUCCAGGCGCUCACCGCCCACCAUGAGACCAACAGGCAGCCAGACCUUUCGUCGCACGCCUCGCUCCUCGAGUCUUUCAUCUCGGCCGGCGACAUCGAGCGCGCCAUCUCGCCGACGGCGCUGGGCAGCUUGGGCUCGGGCGGCACGGCAUCGCUGCCAGGCACUUCCACCGAGCCCGUCUCUGACUCGCUGUGGUCGACCACGGUGGUCGGCUCGGUCGCCGGCAUUGAGGUGCAGUACGAUCCGGACGUGCUGCGGGUCCAUCUCCCGGGCACGAGCGAGUCGUUUGACUCGAUCGAGCACGUGUACUGCUCCACCUCGGCCGGCACGCUCCUGCUGACCCGGAGCGAGCUGGCCUGGACGCCGACGGUGUACUCGCCAAACGACCGGCGGCGCGUCGAGCUCCUCGUCCCGCUCCGGCUGAACUACACCGCCGUGACAAAGUACACCACCGGCGUGCUCAAGCUGCCGUCGACCUUUUAUCUCGCGGUCUUUACCCAGAACGCAGUCUACAAGCUGUAUCCGUUCUCACUCGACGAGGCAGCCGAGCUCGUCGAAGGCCUCGCCCACUUUACGGGCCUCGCACCGUUUUCGCACACCGAGCACAUCAAGAUGGUGCUCUCGCGCAAGCUCCACGAGGCCCGCGACGUCAUCCUACAGGAGCUCCUAGCCGAGCCCGAGUCGCCAUGGAUCAUCCUCACCCCGGUCCUCCACAAGGUUGUCCGCUCGCUCCUCUCAGGCCUCAACGUCUAUGACAUGGAGCGGCUGUUCCACUCGUGCAGGCUUAAUCGCGAGGCCGCCAAGGAGACAUUCAACACGCUGCGCAAGGCCUGGCGCGACACCUCAUCCGACUCGGUCCACCUCCGCAUCCUUGCCGUGGUCGACAGGCUCAUCGACCCUGCUGUCAUGCCGCCCGACUCGUCGCUCUUUCGCGACGUCCGCAAGUGGCUCAACACCAUUCAGAAGCGGCUCGAUCCGUUCAAGCACCAGCAAGCAACCGAGAUCGUUCACAAGCUCCUCACUCAGGCCUCCUUCGUCGCCUCGCGCUCCAUCACUCCCAUCGCUCCCUUCCGCUGCCCCAUCGUCUUUGACUAUUGGGCCGAGUACCUCUCACUCACCACCUCGCACGAUCCGCUGGCCCUUUUCCACGAGCUGGGGCACAUGUGAUGUGAUCUGUGAUCUGCUUUCUGCCUUCACAACCCCCCCCCCC